AUGCCCUCAUACAAAGUAAUAUACUUCGACUUCACCGGCCGGGCGGAACCGAUCAGAUGGCUCUUCAGCUACGGAAACAUCCCUUUCACCGACCAACGAGUAUCUAGGGAAGAAUGGGUAAAACUCAAACCCACCACUCCUUUUGGGCAACUUCCAGUGUUGGAAAUUGAUGGGGAACCCGCUGCUCAAUCGAACGCUCUUUGCAGAUACGUGGCCAAUUUGGUUGGUCUCGAUGGAAAGGAUGCGAAGGAAAAUCUCGCCAUCAAUCAAAUCGUCGAUGCUGCUGAGGAUUUGCAAAAAGGUGUAAUUGAAAUGUUUUUCUGCAAGGAUGAAGACAAAAAGAAGGAGCUGAAAGCUAAAUUUGUUUCGUCUUCCGAAGUUUUACUGAAAAAUUUCGAUGAUAGAGCUGGAAAAAACGGGGGUUAUCUCGCACUUAACAGAUUGACUUGGGCUGAUAUCAUUGUUGUCUUGAAUUACGAGAGUUGGGUCAAUUCAGUGGAUCAGGAUGUCUUCAAACCCUACCCCAAUUUGCAGAAAGUCAAAAAGAACGUGUUGUCUCAAGAUGGAAUCAGGAACUGGAUAAAGACGAGACCAGAAAAUAAAAUGAAACCAAAAUACGACAUAAAACAAGAUUUGUAA